AUGCACUCCAAACACGCACUAUGGCCUAAUGGUCAUCCAUUUGCUCGAUUGGUUGCAUUCAUCGACACUGAAUACAUCAUUCGAGUAGAUGGACGAUUGGAAAAUGCUCCAAAUCAAGACCAAAGUAAGCAUCCUGCUAUUCUACCAUGGAAUGCGGCACUCACGAAACUCAUGAUCUCUGAUGUUCAUCAGCGUACUAUGCAUGGUGGUACUCAACUUACUCUUGCAUUCGUCAGACAGAAGUACUGGAUCAUUGGCGGCAGACAACCAGUACGCUUAGUUAUACUCAAGUGUAUAAAAUGCGCACGACAUCGUGCUGAUAGAGCUAAACAACUCAUGGGUCAGCUACCAAGACGUCGAGGUACAAAAACAUACAAAGGCUGGAUUUGUGUUUUUGGAUGUCUUUCUACGUCAGCAGUACAUCUAGAGGUAGUCAGUGACUACAGCUCUCGUGGGUUUAUCGCAGCAUUCCACAGAUUCAUUAGUCGACGAGGCAUCUGCACAGCACUCUACAGCGAUUGCGGAACGACGUUCAAGGGUGCUGAAAAUGAUCUCAACCGUCUGCUCACUCAAGGAACUCAAGAGUCAAGAGAAAUACUGGAUCACAUCACUGUAAACAGUAUUGCUUAG